AACGUUUAUGACAUCUUUUCUUCGCGACACAAAAAAUGGCGGCGGUUUUCGUCGUGCACUUAUAGUUAUCUCACUAAAAAUAUUCUUUCAAAAUACGUCCACCAGUAAUGAAAAUUUAUUUGUAUUAGAUAUAUAGAUCAGUUAGUCCUCCUUUUAGCUACUUCCGUUUGCCGUAAAAGCAACUGUGCCGUUUGAAAGAUGUCGGAUGAAGACGAAGCCCCUUUGGUGAAAAAGACUCGAAUCUACUAUGGAAGUAUUGAGGAAAAAGAGAAGGAGCGUCUUGCCCGUGAUGGAGCCGGUUUAUCUGGGAAGGAUGCGAUUAAGGCCGCAAUUGAGGCUGGGAAUAUUAACAUCUCCAGUGGGGAGUCCAUGGAGAUGGAGGAGCGUGUGAGCGAGCGUCAGGCUGAGGUACUGGCUGAGUUCGAGCGCAGAAAAAGAGCAAGACAAAUCACAGUCUCUACUGACGAUACCGAAGUCAAAGCAUGCCUGCGUGCCCUCGGAGAGCCGAUCACGCUGUUCGGCGAGGGCCCUGCUGAAAGGCGUGAGAGAUUGAGGAAUAUUUUGUCCGUUGUGGGUCCGGAUGCUCUAAAGAAAUCGAAAAAGGAUGAAGAGAAAGCGAAGCGGGCCAAAGAAGACUCUCAGCAGACGUGGUACCAUGAGGGUCCCAUCACCCUGAAGGAGGCACGUAUCUGGCUGGCCAAAUACUCACUGCCCAAGGCUGCGGAGAGGCUGAACGCUGCUCACGCUUUGAGAGAGAUUCCUGAAUCUACACGCACUGUACGACAGCAAGAGCUUCACAAGACACUCAGGAACCUGAAUAACUUCUGCAGUCAGAUCGGAGACGAUCGUCCGAUAUCCUACUGCCAGUUCAGCCCGAACUCCAAACUAUUAGUCACCGCAUCAUGGAGUGGCCUGUGCAAACUCUGGAACAUUCCAGACUGCAGCCUCGUCCGCACAUUAAGAGGUCAUAAUACCAAUGUUGGAGCAGUCUGCUUUCACCCACAAGCCACGCUCACUCUGGACGAGUCAGACGUCAACAUGGCCUCCUGUGCCGCAGACGGAUCUGUUAAGCUGUGGAGUUUAAACAGUGAUGAGCCCGUUGCAGACAUCGAGGGUCACUUCAUGCGGGUGGCUCGUGUAACGUGGCAUCCUUCUGGUCGCUUUCUGGGCACAACAUGCUAUGAUAACUCGUGGCGUCUGUGGGAUCUGGAGGUCCAGGAGGAGAUUCUUCACCAGGAAGGCCAUAGUAAAGGUGUUCAUGACUUGCAUUUCCAUCCCGAUGGCUCCUUAGCAGGAACUGGCGGUCUGGAUUCGUUUGGUCGCAUAUGGGACCUGAGGACCGGUCGCUGUGUCAUGUUCCUGGAAGGUCACUUCCGAGAGGUCUACGCAAUCGACUUCUCCCCGAAUGGCUUUCACGUGGCUACAGGGAGUGGCGACAACACAUGUAAAGUGUGGGACCUGCGGAAACGGAAGUGCAUUUACACCAUCCCCGCUCACCAGAACCUGGUGUCCUCUGUCAAGUUUCAGCCUACAGACGGUCAUUACUUGCUAACGGGUGCUUAUGACAGCAUGGCAAAGGUGUGGACUCACCCUGGAUGGUCUCCUCUGAAGACCUUGGCAGGACAUGAAGGGAAAGUGAUGGGACUGGACCUGUCUCCUGAUGGACAGCUCAUUGCAACCUGCUCAUAUGAUCGCACCUUCAAACUAUGGGUGGCUGAUUGAAUAUGAUCGCGUGGUCUGUUUGUGUAGUUCAUAAUCUUGAUUUUGGAAAAAGAACAUCAUUCCAGUCAAAUCUGAAUCUUUAUCAUCUGAUUAUGUUUGAGUCCCAGAUUUUUUUGUUUUUUGUUUAUUUCUCUCUUAUUUUUGUUUUUUUUGUACCCAACAGCAUAGAUGCUAUUUCAGACAUCUUUGAACGUAUUUUGCAAGCUUUAUUCAGCUUUUUAUGUCUCUCCAUUGACCUUUUUGUUUUUAUUAAAAACAUUAAUGCA